UAGGCCCAUAUUCUUUAUCGAUGAACGCGAGUGCUUCGAUUCACAUUCCACAACCGCCAUAGUUGAGCUGCUCAAUUCCUCAGAUCUCCUCUCUUGCACCGUGCGCCAUCCGCCGUUGACUGAAUCGAUGGCCGCCGUCGGUACCGAAAGCUACCCUUCGUUGUCUGAGCAAUAUUUGCUGAUGGAGCAUGAAGAGAAAUUGAAUGCGGGAACGGAGCCAGCAGCAGAUGUGGUCAAGACUCUGCCUGAGGAAGUUGCACCAAAAGAAGAUAUAGUCCCUGUUGUUGAGAGCAGCCCUGUCACCCCAUCUGCUACUGCUGAGGAAAGUAGUGUGAUCUCUAGUGAUGCUGUAAGCAGUGAAGAAGUUGAAAAUGGUAACAACAACCCAGCUGCAAGCGAAGAAAGCAAUCAAGAUGCAGCAGAUGAUAGCACAGAUGGUGGUCAAGAUGCUAGUGAAGACGAGCCCCCAGAGAUUAAGCUUGAGACGGCUCCUGCAGAUUUCCGGUUCCCAACUACAAACCAGAGCAGGCACUGCUUUACCCGAUAUGUUGAAUAUCACAGGUGCAUUGCUGCCAAGGUUGACAGUGCACCAGAGUGUGACAAGUUCGCAAAGUAUUAUCGCUCCCUUUGCCCAGGCGAAUGGGUGGAUAGAUGGAAUGAGCAAAGGGAGAACGGCACCUUUCCUGGACCGCUGUGAGCGUCACUCGGUCACUAUCAUCACAUUUGAUUCCAUUAUAUUCAUAGGGAAUCACUGCUCAAAUCUGUCAGUGACAAUAAGGUUGACUUGUUUGCCUUACUAGCUCAUGUCCAAAUGAGUGUCCUUCACCAAUGUCUCAUAAUUAAACCCAAUCUUUUUUCCCUGAACAGCUAAAUGAUUUUGUAGUUUGUUCUCUUUUUUUUUUUGCAACUCAUAAUGUAUCAGCCUGUUGGCUGUAGUGCUACUAUGUGUAUUUCUUUGUUUCAGUCCUAAGGUUGAUAUCAAGACUCUGAUAUGAUCUUGCUAUUUUUACAUAUACUCCUCAAAUGCACUGAAAAUAUUCAUAAGAUGAUGUUUAUCAAGUCAUAAACCCUCCUGCCGGCCGUACGUAUAAUGGCAUUGUUGGGGAUGCUGUGUUGUGUACUUGUG